GCCGCGUGGCCUAUCCUACCCACUUCGGAGCCAAGCCGCCAGCGCGAGAGGUCUUCGGGACCAGCUUAAUUAAACCAAGUCGAAAAUAUCAGCCAACAUGCGUCUGUAUCUGUCCGUCAUUUUGUUGCUGUCGGCCAUUUUGUCGUGCGCGACGCAGGCGCAGUACCCGCGCCCGCGCCGUCCAGAGCGCUUCGACACUGCCGAGCAAAUCUCAAAUUAUUUGAAAGAGCUCCAGGAAUAUUACUCUGUGCAUGGACGAGGAAGAUAUGGCAAACGACAAAUGCACAUAGCGGACGCAUCGGUGAUCUUCAGGGAAAGCCCACUCUUCGACCACAACAUCAACGAAGACGAGCUUUUUAAAACUCUCGGCUAUAAGUAAACAUCAAGAUGACGACAUUUUAGAUUAUGUUUAAAAAUCCGGCUUAACCCAUUUUCGCCUUGUUAUUGCUGUAUGUUACAAAUCCGAAGUCAUCAUUUUACAGAAAAUUUAAUUUAAUCUCAAGUCUUUUAAAGCGUGUGUCAAACUUAAAAUGUAUUUUUUUAUAAAAUUUAAAUAUAACGUACAGAUUUUAAUUCAAUAUUUAAAUAAAAAGAAAAGAAUAUCCCCUUGCAGAUUCGCAAUUAUUAAUAACUCUAUAACUCUAGACUCUCUCCAGAUUACCUAACAAAGAUUUGACAUGCACACUAUUUUAUGAUACCAAGAAUAUUUGGCUGGUUUCUAAAAUAUAGAAUUUGAUCUUUAGGCUGCGUUCUUGACAAAGUAGAGCAUGGUGGUCAAUACUUAUUAAGACAUAGUGAUAAAUACCUAUGACAUCUCUCUCUCUGACGCCAUACAAAACCCCAAAAUCACUCCUUCCCCGAUCUCUCUAUUAUCAAGACUUCCUACCAUUCCUUGACGCUAAGCUAGUCCAUCUCAAAUCCGUCUUGAAAUUCUAGUCAAUUAAUUUAUCUUGACUUCUAUAAUUAAAAAUCGUUGUCAAGCUGGGUGAUCAACUAUUUUUAAUUAUUGCGAUAUUGUAAUCAUGUAAUCGUGUACGGUUAAACAGUAUUAAUGUAAUGUUUACUCAUGAAUACAAAAUUAUUCCACGGC